AUGGCAGUGGACACGACGACUGUGGCAGUGGCUUUGGCAGUGGUUUUGCCUGUCUCCAUCGCAGUCUUGAUUGCGCUGGUUUUCUGGUGCAAGACUCAGCGGCGCUUCAAGCGAGAGGAGCAGGACGACGAGAAAAACAGAGGGUACGACGACGAGGUGGUGACGUUCCGCGAGAUGCGGGCGUCGAGCGGAACGCUAGGGCCGGACGGCACGCCGCCCACGGCGUGCGCCGAGGGUUCUGGGUCGUCGGAGGGCUCUGAGAGCGAGAAGGACCCUAGCCCGACGCCCGCGCCCGCAGGGCGUGCGGCACGCACCUACAUGCCAGCGUAUCGACGGCGCCUGAACCGGUCGCUGUCGCGGCAGCAGAGCCGGGCCGAUGAGAUGACGACCAAUAGCUCUGCUGCGUCCUACGACACGCAGCACGCGCAGAAUGCGCAGUUGAGCGUGUUCGAGCAGAUGGUGCCGGUGCUUCAGGUAGACAACAGUAGCCCAUUCGCGAAUCCGCGGGACGCGGCCUUUGAGAGGGGUAGCCGCCACAGCAGCGAAAGCCUGAUGAAGUCGCUGAAGAAUCAGGACUUCGGGUCCUACCCCAAGCGGCGCCCGUCUGCCGCCAACACAGCGAACCUAGCAGUCUACAAUGGCUCCGUCUCUUCCUUCAGCUCGCGCGUGCCUUCCAGCACGACGCUUAACUGCAUGGGGGACGAGUCUUUCUAUGCAUACGAAGGCUCUGUGCUGCCACGUACAGGACGUGACUUGCCCGAAGUCAAACAAGACGUUUACAUGUUAAAGAACAAUUACGAUGUGACCAACAACGAGGAGAUCACUGAGGAGGACCAGUAUGAAAACGAAUUUACCAAUUACUCAGAAAACAAGCGCGAGUUUAUCGAUUCUCUACGGCCAAAGGCCGAAAGAAUGUCAAAUUAA